GUGUGCAUUUUGCUUGGUAAAGAGAUCGCGAUCGGCAACCAAACAACCGACAUGUAACUAGACUCUAGAGAGGAAGUAAAUGAAGCAAAAACGUCAACGGAAUAAGUCGAUUUGGGGCUAACUACCAUCAUGGGAGGUUGUUUCAGUACCUCGCAUGAUGGGACAAGUGGGAGAGGGGAGAAUACUGACGGGACAGUUGGUUCAAUGCCCAUAGGGCGGAACCAGCCCCUCAAGCCAGAAAAGCCGAAAUGGAAAAGCGACGUUCCACUCACCACAGGACAGCUCCAAAGCAAGCGAGAUGAAUUCUGGGAGACGGCGCCUGCUUACGAGGGCAGGAAAGAGAUCUGGGAUGCACUACGAGGAGCGGCUUCUGCACUGGAGUCUGGAGAUUUUGUUUUAUCACAAGCCAUCAUUGAUGGCGCCAAUAUAUCAUGCCCUAACGGUGCCCUGACGGAUUGCUAUGAUGAGCUAGGAAAUCGCUACACGCUCCCCGUCUACACACUGAGCGCACCUGUGAACAUGGUGGAGGAAACGAGUGACAUUGAUGUGAUUGAUCCAGAGCCCCCUGCGGAGGGCGGCACAGAACUAACUGUCAAAUUCCGCCUCUCGUCCGGCAAGGAACUCAAACUGAAUGUUCGGUCGACAGACACGAUAUACCAAGUGAAGAAGCGUGUCCACGGGAGUGAGAACAUUGAGCCGUCCCGUCAGCGUUUUUAUUUCAGCGGGAAAUUGCUUACGGACAAAACGCGAGUGGAGGAGGCAAAGUUAUCAAAAGGAUUUGUUGUGCAGGUUAUACUAAGCCAGCCGAAUCCAGCACCGGUUGAUGGCUAGUCCUGAUUGGAUGUAGGUAAUCUUGAAAUAUCCACUAGUAGACAGCGCUCUGCUGCACUCGAUGCGGGAUGAAAUCAUUGCAAUUUGAGAAGGAUAAGAAAAAGAAAGUGCAUAAUUGAUGAUGAUAAAUUACAUCAUUCACACCUCGAUAUUUGCGCCUUUGAACGUUUUUAACAAAUAAGGCGCAAUAUAAAUGCUGUGAAUCAUCAUCGUCAAUAUUCAUUGUAUCGUUUGAUCGUUUCCUAUGUUAUCACUUCAUUCUCCAUGUAAUCACGGUUCUGUGUUGCAACACAGCCAUGGUUCACUUUUCACUCCGUUGGUAGACCAUUUAUUCACUGACUUGUUCACACGUUGUGGCCUGCAGCAUUUAAUACUUUCCAUUCUUUCUCUUCAAUUAAUUGAUUGCCUUAUUCCAUGAAGUGUCAAGUUGAAAAACAUAUUGUUUUUCAAUUUCAUGUUUACUCAUUUUCUUCACUUUUCCUGAUACCUCUCAAUCACCCUUUUCUUUGAAAAUAACUCCCUUAUCUUUUUUAUCAUGAUUCUUUAUUUUUUCCUGUAAUUCCAUUUCAUUUCUGUCAUCUACCUUUUUUAUUACUAGUUAUAUGUCAGUGAAUAUCUUCAUGCUGAUGCAUGUGCAGUUCUGACGUGAUUAACAAGAUUUAAUGAAGCCGGAGCAGUAACUAAUAUAUAUUUAUGAAAAAAGCAAUAUUUAUUGGAAAUGGGAGGCUUUAAAGCAAGAUUUUUGAAGUACAUGUAGAUAUAGCCAUAGACAUGUUUGUCACAAUGUAUGUUUGUUCAGCGAAGCGAACUUUCCUGUCCAGUUUGUACCUUCUUUAUUUCAUUGAAAGACCAACUGUUUUGUACCAAGUUGGCUCUUUGUCUCCAUCUUUCUACAUGUAUAUACAGCUCAUGCACUUUCAUAAACACUGUACAUCCAAA